AUGUCCCACCCUACUAAGCGUCGUCGCGUUGAUGCAUCAGCCGCUCUCUCUAAGCCCUUCAAGUCUCCGCUGCGCCAGCCAGUCCCAAACACGGAUGUCCCCCCCUCCACGCCCACCCCGAAGGUCAUACCAACCACAACUAUACCAGAGCUGUCCACAGAUGUAGCUCCUUUCACGCCUAAUGCCACACCCGAUAGAAAGCACGCUACACCAGUCCCGAACGAGCGCAAACCGAUCAAGUCUCUCCACUCCACUCCAAAACCGUUCCAGCCAUCAGACCCCGAGAUCAUCGCGCUCCAAAAGCGACAGCGCGCCAUUCAAUCCAAGCUAGCUACUCUGCGCUCGGAAAUUGAUCAGGCAAAGCAAGCUCUACGGCUCGAAACCUCGAACAAAGAUACCGAGCUUGAGGCAUUGAUUAUCAAAUGGCGUCUCAUCAGCCAGGAUGCCGCGGAUGAGGCUUUUAUCGGCGCACACGAAAGGGUCAAACGUAUGGGUGGAAUGGCUGCUUGGAAAGAGCAUUCGAAGCGCGAUGCAACACGAUGGGAGGUUGACGAAGAAAGGCACGAGGUGGAGCAUGUUGAUGAGGAUGAAAUUGAUGGUCGCGAGAUUGAAGAUCCCCCGAACGGCCCUGGAGAUGGCGAUGAGACGGAAGAAGAAUUUACUAUGGAGUUCAUGUUGAAGACACUCCACGUCGAGCCCGAGUUGAUCGGAUAUGACACGAAGGCGCAGCGCUGGAUCAAGAGCUGA